GGAUCUUUUAGUCACAUGUCCUCUAUAGUUCUUUUUAUGUAGGGUGUCAAGGAUGUUCGGUUAGUCUGGAUAGGGUGACGAACUGGCUUAACUCAAACCCAGAGCUUACCGGGCAUACAUAGUGAGAUGGAAGGUUUAACAAACAGUAUAAUAGCCCAGACAAAACGACACAACAGCGUGUUGUUACUGUAGACAGAGUUCAGGACUGAGGAUUUAAAGACUUGAUGUGUUUCUAACUUGUGUCAGAGGCACUGUGGUUGCCAGAAGAAACUGAAGACAACUGGAGAUGGAGGACAUUAAGUGGAUUUAUGCCAUGCUUGUCUUCUUGCUGUCUGAAGCACAGAGCAUCAAAUCAGAAACUAACCAAAGCACCGUGAACUCCAACUCUUCUUCUCCUGCGCAUUUUGAGAACAAAGAUGCAGCCUUUAACUUGGGGAGUGAAGCUAUCCUGACAUGCAGCAAUAAGACAUGGAAAGACAUGUUGUUUGUCACCUGGGAUAUACAUGUAGAACGGAAUAUCAAAAGCUGUAGAAUAGCCUUUAAUGGUAAUGGACAAAACGAAGACUCGUGCGAUGGCAAGACGUCACUUCAAAACACAUCUAGCUCUCAGUCAUACCUGCACAUCCCAAAGUUCUCCAAGGAUGACGUGGGGGUCUACAAAUGUUAUUCUGUUUACAAAGGAGGAACCAACAAUUAUGAGUUCAAUGUCACCAUCACAGUUCCUCCCAGGUUAUCAUCUUGGUUAGACACUAAGGACAACAAGAUGGUGGCGGUGUGCAAAGCUGAAGGAGGGAAUUCUGCUGCCAACAUCAGCUGGAGUCAUUCGGGAAAUGUUUCGAUUCUGGAAGUGAUAGACUCUCAGGGUUUAUUUACAGUAGAAAGUCGUUUCGAGCUCCCUGAGGGAAUGGACACAGAAAACCUGACUUGUUCUAUUAGGCACCCAUCUAUCUUGGGAGGCCAAAAGACUUUAGCACUAAAGCCCAAAAAAGGUUAUGGUCCCUGGCUCUACAUCCUUACUGUUGUGGUCAUCAUUGUGUUUUUGGCAGGAGUUUUAUUUUUUGCACAAAAGACACUUUGGAGGCGCUGCAAGCUUUCCGAAUCAUCACCAUCCAAAUCUCCACCGACAGAAGAUGUGGAGGAAGUGGAGCCAUACGCCAGCUAUGUUCAACGUGUCAACUCUAUCUAUAACUCAUCUGCAGAUUUGUUCACAUAAAACCCUGCACAUGGAUCACACUCUCACUCACACUCUCACACACACACACACACACACACACACACACACACACACACACACACACACACACACACACACACACACACACACACACCACACACACACACACACACACACACACACACACACACACACGGCUCGCUGUGAGAGCCUGAAGGAUGUGAAACUGAGAAAUGGUGAAAUAGUGAUAAAGCGGAGACUAAGUGAGAUAAAAUAUUUCCGAUCAGAGGCCUCCGAGUGUUAUUCUGCCCGGACUGAAUUUUUGACUGAUGGAACAGGGGACUAGUCACACACUAGUUCUCAUGUACAGCAUUCAUGCACCUCUAUGUGUGUGUGCGUGCCAUUGAAAUCAUUAGCAUACUACUUACAAAUUCAAUGAACCAGCACGCCAAGUCUACAGAGUUUUUUCAUGAAAUACAUGGACUACAAUUAUAUGAUCAGUAUUAUCUUUAUUAUUAUACCAAAUAUUUAUAGAUAUAUAGUUAUGCUUAUAUUUUAAAUUAUGCUUGUUGAAGUCAAUCCAGUAAAAGAGAGAACACAGUAAUAUUACCUCAAGAUAUGUGAAUUAUUCAUGUGAUGUGCUAAUACAUCAUGUAAUGGGUUAAUUAAACACACAUCUGAACACAUUGGGGAGCUCUACAACAUUUUAAAAGAACACUACAAGUAGUACACAGGAACAAGAACAGGAUGUUGUUUUCUUCUAAAUCGAAGUCAUUUCCAAUAAUGUUAACGUGUCAUUAGUUUCAGUCGUGUGACACAAAGUGUUAAAAGCAACACUUGAAAAAAAAUGUCCCACUGUGUUUAAUUUUGGAACAGAUCAAUUCCCUAAUGAGUUUUUAGACCUGCAGCAAACUGAUAACUGUUUUAUCAUCUACCUUUUGUCAUGACUUUUUUGAUUAUCAGCCUUGAACUGUCCAGAUAAAUGUUGAGUAUUGGAAUUUGAUGCAACACUUUCAUGAUGAGUGUAACCCCAAUUCUGAAGAAAUGUGUGUUAGGGGAUAGGAAAUGGAAACUGGCAAAAGAGACUGUUCUGCCAUCUACUGGUGGAGAUCUGAACAUCCAUGGUCAUGAAGGUGCAUUGUGUCAGUCUGAUUUACUGAAGGAUGUCUGAAGAAUGAUACCAUUAUGAACACAUGUAUUAGGCAACAGGUUGGGCUUGCUGAAGUCAUUUCCAGUUUUUUUUUAAUGUGCUUCCAAUCUCAUUGAUUGGAGCCGAAAGUUCCCUUUUAUGUAAAACGAUGGUCUUGCUGUUUAAAUUCUGAGAUUAAAUCCAAAACUGCAGCUGCU